AUGUCUUCGUCCGUUCAUUUCAAGUUCAAGUCCUCGAAAGAACCCUCACGGGUCACUUUCGAUGGCACUGGUAUUUCGGUCUUUGAACUCAAAAGAGAGAUUAUCAGCCAAAGUAGAUUGGGCGACGGAAGCGACUUUGAGCUGUCAAUCUACAACGAAGACACCAGAGAGGAAUAUGACGAUGAUACCACCAUUAUCCCUCGUUCGACAUCCGUGAUCGCUCGCAGACUUCCCGCUGCACGCCCUGGCAAGGGAGGUGCUGCCCGCUAUGUCUCCGGCAAAAUGCCCGUCAACGCCCGUAUUGGCACGAGCCAGCCCUCAACGAGCCGAGCUAUACCCGGAACUGGACAGUCCGUCAACAACAAUGUCCUCGAACUCAACAAUGCUCAGACGGAAGAGGAGAAGAUCAAUGCGCUGUUCAACUUGCAGGCCAGUCAAUGGCAGGAACAACAGAAUGAGAUGGCAAAUGCAACACCCGUACAAAUGCCCCGUGGCAGAGGAAAACCCCUCAAUGUCCCAGAUCAUCCUCCUCCACCUGGAUAUCUUUGCUACCGUUGCCGAGAGAAAGGCCACUGGAUUCAAGCUUGCCCUACGAACAAUGACCCCAAAUUUGAUGGGAAAUACAGGGUCAAGCGAUCAACUGGUAUUCCACGCUCCCUUCAAACCAAGGUUGAGAAACCAGAAUCGUUGGCACCCGAUGGCUCCACCGAAGAAGCAAGGAAUACGGGGGUCAUGGUGAAUGCCGAUGGUGAUUUUGUUAUUGCAAAGCCAGAUAAAGCAGCCUGGGAGUUGUAUCAAGAGAAGGCCAAGGCAUCGGCGGCUGCCGCUGCCGAAGCAGCAGCAGCGGAGGAAAGCAAAGCAUUGCAAGCUCGGGGCCUGGAAUGCCCAAUUGACAAGAGGAUGUUCUUAGAUCCAACAAAGACUCCGUGUUGUGAAAGGACUUAUUGCAAUGACUGUAUUUCCAAUGCUCUGAUUGAAAGUGACUUUGUUUGCCCUGGAUGCUCUACAGAGGGCGUGCUGCUUGAUAAUCUUACCCCAGACGAUGAAUCUGCCUCCAAGAUCAAGGUAUAUGAAGCUGAAAAGGCAGAAGCCAAGAAAGAGAAAGAAAAGCAACAUAUCGCCCAGGCCGGUCAGACUGGCACACCUGUGCCUGAGUCGGAGUCAGAGGGCAAGCCCAAGUCAGUGAAGGAACAGAGUCCGUCCAACCAAGCAGAAGAUACAACCCCCCCACAAUCAAAGAAGCGCCCGGCCGAGGAUGAACCCACCCAGGACGAAGCUCCAGGUUCCGAUUCGGGUAAUGCAGCGAAGAAACAGAAGUCAGACGACCAAACAGAUACCCCCGGAGAGGAAAAUGGUGCCCAGGAUGACGCCUCCGGCGCCCCAGCCGCCCCCGGCAACUUCAACCCCGCAAUGCCCUUCAACGGCUUUGGACCAAUGCAGGGCAUGCCUAUGAUGCCAUUCCCGGGACCUGGGUUUGGCAAUGACCCUAUGAACUUCAUGAACCCAAUGGCCAUGGCUGCCGCCAGUGGAUUCCCCAAUGGCAUGAACCCUGGAUGGAACCCCAUGAACAUGCCCUUCAACCCUGCAAUGUUCGAUCAGAACACUGGAAUGCCCAAUGGAUUUCCCAAUAUGUUCAACGGUGACCCAUCCAUGAUGUUUCCUAUGCAGAACCAGAACCAGAACGGAUUCCAGGGACAAGGUUCUGGAAUGAACAAUUUCUCCAACCAACAACGAACUGCAUUCAGCACCCCAUAUUCCCGCGAAGAGGAUUCCCCUUAUUUCCGACAACCUGUGAACCCCCAGCGCCAUCAGGCUCGGAACCGACGUGUUCGACCCAGUGACUACCGGGAAUUAUGA